AUGGAUGCGCUGCGAUUGGACGACGAGAUGCGGCUGAUGCUCAAGGAGCAGCUCAUGCGGGUCUUCGCUCUCGUGCCGGCGGCGUGGGUGGCGAGGUGUGAGGCGGAGGUGGAGCUGCUGCUGGACGUGCUCGUGUGGCGCUUCUCCGUCUGGGCCGACCGCCCCCUGCCCGGCUGCGCUCUCAUGAAUCUCCGCUUCAGGGACGAGCGCACAGCACGCGCGGGGGCAGGGGCGGCUGCACCGCCUGCUGUACCAGUGCGGACGGGGGUGGAGGGGCCAGGGCUGACGGUGGGGCAGAAGGUGCUAUGGCUGGUGCUCACAGGGGGAGUAAAGUACGUGUGGGCGCGCCUGCACUCCACGCGCUGGCUGCUGCCCGUGCACGCACACAUGCCGCCCAACGCCUAUGGGAGGCACGGGUUCCGCACGCUACCGGAGAGGCUGCUGGGGAUAAGGGCGGUGUACGCCAAGCCACACAUGGCGCGCGCUGUCAGCUUUGAGUACAUGAACCGCCAGCUCGUGUGGAAUGAGUUCUCGGUCAGUCACCCUUACGUCACAUCCCUCCCUCCCCUUCCACCCACACGGCCUGCUUAUCCUCUCUUCUCUCGGAGUUAUCUCGUGCUCGAUAGAUUCUCGUGUCGGCAAUCAAGCAAACCUUUUCCUCCCUUUUCCGCCUCCCGUCGUCAUCGUCCCCUACCGCUGGCGAUGGGUGCCCUGUAUGCUCUGCACAGCCCAUCCUCAUGCCAUAUCGUGCGCAACCAUGUGCCCACGUGUUUUGCUAUUACUGUAUUCACACACGCAUGUCUAUUCAUCGUGCCUUCCGUUGCCCAGGCUGCAACACCCGUGUGGAUAGUAUAG